AUGAAGAGCCGUGAGCAUGAACAGGUAUCCAUCGAGCAACACAAAACAAGAAGAGGAAAGUCACGCGAGGUUAGUUCACGUUUUCUGUCUCCGUCUUCAUCCUCUUCUCCUAACCGCAGAAACUCCACUUCCAAUUCAUCUACCAAUAAGAGAGAUGAUGACUGUGAGAACAACAAGGCGCGUUUAAAAGCUCAUCCCGGUCUGAAAAAGCAUGAUGAUCGGAUGACAGAUGGCGCACGGCUUUCUUUCGGCUUCCCAAAUCAGAGCUGUGGCCCUCAAGUUGACACAAAAGAGAAUCGCAGGCCUUCACCAUGGAUCAGUGAUGAUGUCAUACUUCCUGGCAGAUUUUCCGUCGAUGAAAGUGCUCUCUACAGGAGAAACUCUUGCUCUCUAAGUGAAUACGAGUCGUCCUAUAACAACGAUGAAUCAGAUUCAGAGUCCUUUGCUUCAACUCGGAUCCACAAACCUGGUAUCAAGGUCUCUUCCAAAUAUCUGCAUGAUUUAAGAGAAAGACCGAGCAGAGGGUCAUCGGCCAAACUAAGGUCACAAGAAGGUUCUCAGAAAACUAACAGCUUUAGGGGCAUUGAGAAUAUGAUCAAGAGGACUAAUCCAGUGUCCAGGUAUGGCAGCUCCAUGUCUCAGUGGGCGCUCUCACCAGGAAGAUCAUUGGAUACUCAGGCCGUUACAUUUCCAACUUUAAGCCUGAAGCCUCCAAGAGGGAAAGGCGUUGGAAAACUAUUCAACCUUGGCUUCGAUUUCUUCAGGAGCAAGAAGAAGUCUUCUCCCUUUUCUUCACCGUUAAAACCAACGGCAAGUGACGCAGAGGCUGCUCAUCAGCUGAAGCUUAUGAACAAUCGGUUGCUUCAAUGGAGGUUUGUCAACGCUAAAGCAUCUGCUGCAAACAACAACGUAGCCUCCCGAGAGAAGAGACAAGUACUCUGUACGUGGGACACUCUUACCAAGUUAAAACAUUUGGUUAUGCAAGAGAGAAUUAAACUGCAGGAGAAAAACUUGGAGAUGAAGCUGGUUCAUGUGCUUCUUUCUCAGGUUAAGCAUCUUGAAGCAUGGGAGGACAUAGAAAGACAGCACUUAUCAUCUCUGUCCAUGACCGGACAAGCCCUGCAUUCUGUACUUUCCAGGCUUCCCCUAAGGGAAGGUGCACAGGUGAAGAUAGAAUCGGUUGUCACUACAUUUCAGAAAGUAGAAGCAGUCACUGAUGCUAUCAUUUCAACUGUGAAAAGUUUUGCUCCCACGAUGGAGGGUGUCGUUUUACUUGCUUCUCAACUUUCUGAAGUGGCGGCACAAGAGAAGCUGAUGCUGGAGCAGAGCCAUGAUCUGUUGAGAAGGAUAUCUGAGUUAGAGAUGCAGGAGAGGAGCUUGAAGUGCGGCUUCCUGAUUCAACAUAAACAGAGUUUGGAUACAAAACUUGUUAAAGACUAG